AUAAAAUGUUUACAUUCCUGAUCAUUACGUUACAUUUUCAGACAGCAAGACUGGGGUAGGGUAUAGAUAUACAGUUAUAUCCGUCGAGGAAUCUGAUCACGUAAAAUGUUUACAUUCCUGAUCAUUACAUUUCUUUUUCAGACAGCAACACUCGCGCGGUCUACAAAUCCGUGUAACUGUGAGAUCGGAAAGACAUGUAAUGCUAACAAUAAUGAUACAAUUGGUGGAUGCAAAUGUAUGCAGGGAUUCAAGGGAGAGAAUUGCACGGAUGUGGAUGAAUGUACAGUUGGUGAACGGGAUCCGUGUUUUCACAGAGGGUUGUGUUACAAUACUAUAGGAAGCUAUAGUUGCCGUUGUCUAAAAUCUUGGACGGGUUAUCACUGUGAACACAACGUUACCAGUACCAUAACAUGUAUGCCUGGGUAUAGUGGAGAUGAAUGCGAAAUUGCACUCUGUGAACAUGGAUAUGCUGUAAACAGUACGAAUAAAACAAUCCCGUAUACAUGUCAUUGUCAUAGAGGUUGGAGACAUGAUCAUAAUGAUGACCCAUGCACCAUAGACAUAGACGAGUGCGCAAAGAAUACCAUAUUGUGCAAGAAUGGUGGUACAUGCCGUAACACCAACGGUUCAUAUGAUUGCGACUGUAUAAAACCAUGGGAAGGUCAAAAUUGCACUUAUUAUAACUCAUGUAUGUCUAACCCGUGUCAAAAUGGCGGAAAAUGCACAAAGUCUGGAGCCGACUCUGAUAAAACUCAUAACUGUACUUGUAAAGCCGGAUGGCAAGGUUUUAAUUGUUCCACUGAUGUAAAUGAGUGUUCGCUGAACGGACGUGGUGUGUGUCUCAAUGAUGGUAACUGCACUAAUACACCUGGUUCAUACAUUUGCACGUGUGACACAGGCUGGUCAGGUAAAAAUUGUAAUGAAUCUACAUCAAUUUUAACAACUAAAGCAGACAACCCGUCUACUAAAUCGAUCACUGAAGCAGAAAUCCCGUCCACUAUAUCGACCACUGAAGAAGACAACCCGUCUACUAUACCGACCACGGAAGCAGACGACCAAUCUACUAAUCCAAACACUGAAGCAGACAACCCGUCUACUAAAUCGGUCACUGAAGCAGAAAUCCCGUCCACUAUAUCGACCACUGAAGAAGACAACCCGUCUACUAUACCGACCACGGAAGCAGACGACCUUUCUACUAAUCCAAACACUGAAGCAGACAAGCUGCCUACUACAGUGAUCACUGCAACAGACAUACCAACUACUACAAUGAUAAAUAAAACAAACUACCAAUUAACCAAAAUGAUCACUAACACCCAAAAUAAUUUAAAAGAAACAACAAAAGAAGAUAAAACACCAGUUAUUGUUGGAGCAGCUGUGGGUAGUAUUAUAAUCGUAGUUGCUGCGUGUGUAGCCGGCUACUUUCUCUACAAAAGGAAACAUGCAAGAGUUGUGUCAGAAAAUAUAACAAAUGACAUGGAUAGAAAUGAAAAAUUUGACGAAAAGCGGAUAACCAAAAAAGAAGCCAUUGAACUUCCAAACUGUUAGGGACAGUGCAAAUAAAUGGUUUUGGAAAACACUUUGAUGAAGUGACAGUUGAUCCUAUUUCUAAGUUAAAUCAGUCUAUAACUAAAAGUUCAAUCUUUCUUUGAAUGACUGGUGUUUUUGUGGAUUAAACAAUGUUCAAUAGAUAACGUGUAUUUCAUGUCAAUAUGUUAUCUUAAAAUGUUUACCCUAGCGUCUGUAGGUUACAUUAUACUAAUUCAGUAUCGCCUUUUUUGAAGAUAAAUAAAUAUAUACAUAUAAGAAAAUUAGCCUGUUUUUAACACCCUCUUAAAAUUCGCUCAUGAAUAUUCUAGUUAAGAGACGUGUGUUUAGAUGGUUUUUACUCAAUGAAUAAAACUAAAACGUGGACAUUCACAUUGAAAGUGGUCUAGAGCUAGAUUUCUCAAUCUAAUAUGCAAUAUAACUAAGCCAAAAAUAUAACUGUCAUAUAAGAAUAUGACUAAUUAUACCUUAUUUCAUCUAUAAAAUGGGAUCACAUUUUGGAGUACUUCACAUAUUUCCGCAUUGGUUAUAAACAUUCCUUCUAGUUAAUAGUAAUUGUCUUUAAAUUUCAUUGGAACUUUUUACUAGGCUUGUAUCUGGUAAUUAUUUCUUUUUGUAUGAUUUUCGCAGCAGGUGUUCGUUGUCGACCACUUUGAUCCAUAGCUUUAUGAAAUAAAUCUACUCAAUUGUCUGCUUUUCAUACCUAUAUUCAUGCAUCUUUUUAUUACUGCUGAGUAGUGACUGCUAAUUAAACCAGUCUCAAUCUGAUUGAGACGGGUAAGGCUAUUGUAUACCCAUUUCUUAGUUUGCGCAAUAGUGCUAUUUUUCAUGCUCAGUAUUUUAAUAGCUCUGAUUUUGUUUUUUAAGUUUGGUUUUAGCAUAAUAAAUUAGCAGUUACUACUCCGCUUUACCUGUGAAUAUAUAAAUAAUGUACAGUGUUAUUUACUUGUAAAGUGUCUCUAACAAUCCAACGUAUUGAAUGGCUAUACACUGUGUUAACCCAGCCAGCAUGACUAUAUCGGCCCGAUAUAGGUAUAAUGUCGGAAUGUCGGCAAAAUGUGCCGAUGUAGGGCCGACGUCGGGCCGUUGUAGUGCCGCAAAAUAUUGAAAUCGGUAGAUCGACAUCAAUCAGUGUAACUAUUUCGUACGUCGGAUUGACAUCGGGCCGAUAUUGGAUUCUCUAAUAUAACUAUAUUUUUCAAAAUAUUAUUGAUAAACGUGAAAAAGUAAUCUAAUUGUUUAUAUGUGCUAAUUUAUUACGCAAAUAUGAUGUAUGCCAGAAUUAAUCAAACUAGGUUCCAAACAAAAUUUGUAGACGGUAUUUAUCAAAAUUUUAUAUGUAAUAAAGGGAGGUAAUAAUUAAGAUGCAUUUUUAUUUUUAUGUAAAAUGCCCGCCAUAGAAAUAUUUAUAUUUAUAAAAAAUUGAAAAUAUAUAUAUCUUUAAAAUUCUAAUUGAACAAUUUUAAUAGUGUUAAGAAUAUACAGAAAGCUUACGUAACUGUAUAAAACAUGCAGUAUAUAGUUUUGAAAAAUAUUAUAUCAAUAAAAUCAAAUAAGCAUCAUACAUAUGAUGCGAGACACAUCAGUUCUCAAAAAAUACUCUGAGAAUUUAUAAAGUGUAUAUUUUAAGAAAACUUUGAUAAAGCAAAGCCAAUAUCGGGCCUAUAUCAUUUUGAUGUUGGCCAAAUAUCGUUUGCCAAUAUCGGACCAAUGCCAUUAUGAUGUUGGCCCGAUACCGCCUGCCGACGUCGGGCCGACAUCAUUCCUAUUUGCAGCCGAAAUUGAAGCCAAUAUCGGACCGUUAUAGACAACGAUGUCGGUUUGAUAUCGGGCCGAUAUAGCAUAUUGGCUGGGAAGACGUUUUAUAUACAAGUAUAAAUUUUACUGUAAUGUGUAAAUAUGAAACUGAAAUAAAUGUAAAAUCUACCUUGUAGUGAGGUACUUCUAAAAUGGAGCAGCAUCACUUGUAACAACACUUUAUGGGAUUGGGACCUUCUCAAUAGAUCCCCAUCUGGCACGGUCUGCAAGUAUGACACUGACUUCCUCUCAAGACACUCUGGUCGUAGUUUCAAAUCGAGUAAGUAAGUAAGUAAGUUUUAUUUGGCACAAGUGUACAUGACAUGGCAAUAUAGCGAUAAAACAAAUGACAAAUCAAUGCAUAAUAAAUAUUACAUAGUGACAAACCAACAAAUCAUUAGACAGUUAUAUCAUAUUACUCAGCAAAGCCAUGUAAUGCUCACCAAUACCAGGGAUAACACAAAAAAGAUGAAAUGAUUCUUCUUAUUUCCAUUGUGGUC